AUGGGUCAAAGUCAUUCAGCCGGUGGUGGUGCUGGUGGUGAAAAGAAAGACGACAAGGACAAAAAGAAGAAGUAUGAACCACCAAUCCCAACAAGAGUGGGGAAGAAAAGGAAGCGUGCAAAGGGUCCGGACACAGCUACUAAACUACCACUGAUUACUCCACACACAAGAUGUCGUUUGAAGUUGUUGAAAUUGGAACGUGUCAAGGAUUAUUUAAUGAUGGAAGAAGAAUUCAUACUAAACCAAGAAAGGCUUAAGCCCCAAGAAGAAAGGAAUGAAGAAGAACGUUCAAGAGUAGAUGAUCUACGUGGAAGCCCAAUGUCUGUUGGUACAUUGGAAGAGAUUAUUGAUGAUAAUCAUGCAAUAGUGUCAACAUCGGUUGGAAGUGAACAUUAUGUUAGCAUUUUGUCAUUUGUCGACAAAGAUCAGUUGGAACCCGGGUGCUCAGUAUUACUUAACCACAAAGUUCAUGCAGUGGUUGGAGUACUAUCAGAUGAUACAGAUCCUAUGGUAACUGUGAUGAAAUUAGAAAAAGCACCACAAGAAACUUAUGGUGAUAUUGGUGGUUUAGAUCAACAGAUCCAAGAAAUUAAAGAAUCGGUUGAACUUCCUUUAACUCAUCCUGAAUAUUAUGAAGAAAUGGGUAUUAAGCCACCUAAAGGAGUUAUUCUGUAUGGACCUCCAGGAACAGGUAAAACCCUUUUGGCUAAAGCUGUUGCCAACCAGACCUCGGCAACAUUCUUACGAGUUGUUGGAUCUGAACUUAUCCAGAAGUAUUUGGGAGAUGGUCCUAAAUUGGUAAGAGAACUGUUCCGUGUAGCUGAGGAACACGCACCAUCCAUAGUAUUUAUUGAUGAGAUAGAUGCAGUAGGUACUAAACGUUAUGACUCAAAUUCUGGAGGCGAGCGUGAAAUUCAGCGUACUAUGUUGGAACUUCUUAAUCAAUUGGAUGGGUUUGAUUCCAGAGGCGAUGUUAAGGUGGUUAUGGCCACAAAUCGUAUUGAAACUUUGGAUCCAGCAUUGAUUCGUCCGGGUCGUAUUGAUCGUAAAAUUGAGUUCCCCUUACCAGACGAAAAAACAAAACGUCGUAUAUUUAAUAUACACACUUCCAGAAUGACAUUAGCUGAAGGUGUUAAUCUCCAAGAGCUCAUUAUGGCCAAGGAUGAUCUUUCUGGUGCUGAUAUCAAAGCUAUUUGUACUGAAGCUGGUUUGAUGGCUCUCCGUGAACGUCGUAUGAAAGUAACCAAUGAAGAUUUCAAGAAGUCCAAAGAAAGUGUCUUAUACCGUAAGAAAGAAGGCACACCUGAAGGAUUAUAUUUGUAA